AUGAGUACGCAGCGGUUACACAGGAGGGUGUAUGCGCUCGGUCGAUAUAAAAGCUCUUCUGCAUCGUCUUCGUUCAAACAGCAAGCCUUCCAAGGUUAUAUACAGACCAGUGUCAACUAUGAAGCUUACAUGGUAGACCUAUUACGAUUUCACAAGUAA